CACCUCCGUUGUGCUUAUAUUAAUGUUGCAUUGGCUUCCUUUGGCGGACAAUGUGUCGGUGCAUCAUUGAACGAUAACUUCUGCAGCCGCGUAAUAGAUGGUAAUGCAGAAGCCGGUACAGACAGUUACGAAUGGUGGCAUGGGAAUGGCGGAGUCGGCUCGUGGGUUCAGAUUAACUUCACUCGAAAGUUCGUUAUCAACACCAUACGUGUAAAGCAGAGACCCUACGCAGCUCAACAAAGCAAAGGACUUAAACUUACCUUUAUGGAUGGGUCUGAAGAAUACGUAAGUAACACAGAAUAUUUUCUGAUAGUUGUAGUGAUGUUUUAAACCCCGAUUACAACAUAAAACAGGAAAGAUGACAGUAAAGCCAGGAUGGAAAUAGACAAGCAAAGUCUGCCUUUUUAUAAAGCAGAAAAAAUAUUUUACACUCACAGGAGCCCAAAACACAAGGGUUUCUGACACACACUGGUUCCAAGUAUAGUGUAUACUGUUUUAGGAGUAUCUCACUGAAGCAAAGUCGACUCUCUCCUUACAGACACCUCUGUAAAAGGGACACCUGGAGUUGGCCCCUGCCUUUGCUUACUCCAUUUAUUUGGCUCACUAUAAGACCGGGAUCUCCCUAAGUUGUUCACUUAGUGCUGUUACCAGAGGUGUUAUGUUCAUCUUAGAGAGAGCUGACUGUACAUAAUUAAAACAUCGGUGUGUAUGCAUACAUUUAAUUUAACUUCCCUGUUAAAGUUUAAAGAAAAGAUAUUUUGGAAAAACCAAGGCUUUUCAUUAGGCAGUGACAAGUGCGCCAAAAAUUAAGUUGCUGCUUCCACGGCCAUAAAUCGAAAUAAGGCGAAAAUAUAGUACACAUAAAAAAUCUGAACAGUUUCCGUUUUUCCCAAAGAUUUUUGUUGAUCUGCCUUGUCUUUAUGUUUUUAAGAAUAACUGAGUGAUUUCUUGGCGUUCAUUGGUCGAGGCUUCUUUGCGUUCAUUGGCUGAACCUAUAGAUACGGAAAUGACGUAACGAUGGUGUAAUUAGAGAGCUUUAAGGGAACCUAAGCAACCUCGACGGCGACGUCAACGAAAACGGCAAAAAACCAAUAGGUUUAAAUUGGCAAAACAACAACUUUGCACGUGCAUCACGCUUUUUUGUAAAUUUCUCUGCCGUCACUGCACGACUACGACGAGAAAAUACCAUAUUUCGCGUUUUGUGGAGGACGUGAACAAAAAAGACGACUUUACUCUUUUUUCCCUGAACUUUGAUACAGUAAUAAUAAUAAUAAUAGUAAUAAUGAUAAUAACUUUACUACUUUCCACGGAUGGCUUUUCAAAGUAAUAACAUCAACAUUAUGAAUAAAAAUAUUAGAAAAGUAUAAAACAUUAAAAAACAAAACUGUAAAACAAUAUAUUCGCAAGAUUUUAACAAGAAAAUUCUCUCCGUUACAAAGAACAAAAGCCAUAUAAGAAACCCUGUCUUAAAAAUAGACUGCUUAAUGAGACGAUUUUAAAUAACGCAUAAGUUCCUUCUUGAAUGCCGCAAUGUUUGUUAUCUCAGUGAGCCUUUCGGGUAGGGCGUUCCACAGUGAAACGGACUAAUAAUGAAAGGACCUUUGGCCUGCUGCAGUUCUGUCUCCUGGAAUGUCAAUCUCAUUCUUGUUACGCGUGUCACUGUUGUGAAUUUCGGGCCUCGUUUUAAAUUUUUUAGCCAGAUGGUCUGGAGCCAAUCCCCUUAAAUACUUGAAAGCCAGUAUGCCAUCUCUGUAGACAAACAUGGAUGCAACAGGUAGUCAUUUAAUUGGUUCUCUAAGAACAGCUAAGAACAGGAGUGAUGUCAUCACGUUUAGACAAAACGGGUUAUGAUCCUAGCUGCAAAAUUUUGAACAUGCUUUAAUUUAUUGAUAUUCCUAUUCGUCGUACUAGACCAAACGACGUGAGGUCUUUUAGAAUUCAAAUCCAGAAAAAAUUGCCAACAUUUAACAAACUGAACGAGGUAGAAUAAGCGCGGUAAAGUUUGAAGCCUUAAGGGACCAACCAUUUAACUUUUGAGGGGGGGGGGGGGGGGAUUUUGAAAAAAAUUUCCUUCAAGGGGUUGUGGGGAGAAAAAAAAUUACAUGAAACACAAAAGUAAUAAAAAACUUGAGGGAAAAAAAGGAAAAAAAAAAAUUGGCCCACCAAAUUUCAAAAAAAAAAAUUAUUGAAAGCCAAAAAAGUGAUUUUGAAAAAAAUUUCCUGCAAGCGCUUGUCGGAAGAAAAAAAAUUGCAUGCAGCACAAAUGUAAUAGAAAACUUAUGGGAAAAAAAGGGAAAAAAAUAUCCUGCCCACCAGAUUGCUAGAAAAAAAAUUCUUGAUGACCAGAAAUCACCCCCCCCCCCCCAAGAGUUAAAUGGUCGGCCCCUAAGCCCCCUUUAGAUUCGAGGACGAGAACGAUUACGAGAAUGACAUUUAAUUUAAAGUUUCUCGCCCGUUCUCUAAAAUAAAAAACCUCAUAGUACUUUUUUUCACCACCAAAGUUUGCUCGCUUGUUUCCAUUGAAGGAGGUUAAGCCCUCUCCUGAUCGCUAAAUGAUGAUAUUUCUAACAUUUGAUAACUUGUUUUCGCUACUACGACAUUCUCGCUAAAACUCGUAGUAGAGUGACGACGGCUACCACAUUUCAAGCCAAAAUGAAGCUGUUUUGCGCGCGUGCACUACUUAUUUAAGUAUUGAGAACAUCUCGUUCUCCUUGUCGUCCUCGUCUUAAAUCUAAAGCUCUCUAUUCACUGAUAGUUUCUUGGCGUCACGGUCGGGUGCAAUCACCAAAUGACGUGGUCUGCUACACAGCCGUUUUCAGAGUCGUUGUGAAGACACUAAAAACGGCUGUGUAGCAGACUACAAAUGACGUGGUCAUACAAAAGAUUGAAAAGACACUUAACAAUACCCACACCAUAAAACAAAAGCAAACUAACAAUGGUUUCCGCAACACCAAGAGACAACUCUUCAGCCUUACCGUUUAAAAGGGAAGAAGUCAUCAAAUCGAUUUGAUUUCCCCCUAGGUGGAACUGACUCAAAAUCAAGGUGUUGAUCAUUUGGCCGAUGCGGUCUGGGACGAAAGGAGCUUUGCUGACAUUUUGACCGAUUCAGUAAAAGUUGAAGUGGAGAGCGUUUACACCACCCUUAACAACGGCUUCAAAGAAAUCCAGUUUUAUCACAACAACUGUAUUACAGGUUUGUUUGUUGUUUGAACGAUAAAUGUGUAUCUUUUAGCCUGUUCCAGGCUUUUAGUAAGUACGAACAGGCGGGAAAAAAACCGCGAACUGAAAUCGAGGAGCCUGGGAAAGGGUGGUAUGUAUUUUAAUUGUGACUUAGGAAGAGUAUCAAACCUGUCUAGGGGGAAUGUGGACGCCGGAGACCCCCGGUGUUGUGGCCUAUCUUUCAUGCGUGUGUCUAUAUGUAUUUAGUAAAAUCCAGCUAGUGGUCUAUUAUCAAUGCUGCGUUCUGAUUGGUUGAGCUACUAAUAGGCUAUAUGUUAUAGCCUACUAGUAGCGAAAAGCGCGCCCUUUUUGACGGCAAAAAAGGAUUAAAGUCUAGCUUUAACUAGCUAAAAAUGUUUUAUUCUCGGUAUUUUUGACCAACUAGUUGGAUUUUACUAAAACAAUUAUUCCUCCCGCCCUCAUGGCCUCUGAGUCAAUAGCCCAUGAGGCCGGAGGGCUCAGCGAGGAAUAAUUGUUAAGUAUUGCUUUAGCAGGUCAAUAUAAGCUCUCAAGCUGCCCUUCAGUUUAUGACCUGCUUUAUCAAAUAAAACUCUAGCAGAGAUAAAAGCUUUUGUUACAGUAUAGACAAUGGAAGAGUGUGGUGUAUUGUUCAAUAGACGUUCUUUUUGGCAUUUUGAUCCCCGCUAACUCCUGUUAUCUUAUUCUAUUCAGAUCAGCUGAGUGGCUUUGUUGUUCUACCAGCGGCAAAAACAACAGAACCACACCCUCUGUCCGGAAAAUCCAUCUCGGUACUAAUACAGGCUGCCCAAAGUGUUUCUGUAAUUCUUCAUGAAAAGCCACAGGCCACCUCAGCGAGAUAUCGAUUUAAAAUCUUCUACAAUAGUGGCGUUUCAGGAAUAUAUCGUUCUACGGGAGGCGGAAGCGAAACUUUGCAACAUUCACAAAGUACUUCAAAUGCUUUAGUAGCAGGCCAAUCUCGCCCUUUUUGGAUAGACUUCCGGUCGAGCAACCUGGUGCUGGGAUCUGGGGGCGACGUUCUGUUGCAGUGGAAUGACCAGUCACCUUUUUCCCUUAGUUACGUGUCCUUUACUGCAGAUGAUACACAAUCUACAACGAUCACAAUGUUCAACAGACAGAAAGAGAGUGAGUUGGAUUUUUUAAGUUUGCCUUUGCUGGGAUGCCUAGUGUAGAUUCAGAUUGACGGGUUAUUAAUUAAGUUUUAAGUAUUUUAAUUGACGGCAUGUAAGUGAAAUUCGAAUUUCGUCUUCCCAGCGACAUGACUUGCUUCCUGCACACACCACAGGGCGCCACUGGUAACCCGGGGUGGGGGUGUGAACGGGAGGUUGGUGGGAAUGUGCCGCAAGGUCUUUAGACCCUGAUUCUGUUUGAUACAAAGUCCGUUCAUUUCGAUACCCUGUUUUAAUAAUAAUAAUAAUAAUAAUAAUAAUAAUUAUUAUUAUUAUUAUUAUUAUUAUUAUUAUUAAAGUUCUUAAAAAAAAACGCAUUCUACAUAUAAAUGUCUCGAUGCUUUUUACAACUGAAAGAAAGAGCUCUCACGAAACAGAUACGUAUUCAAAGCCCUUUUAAAGCUAACAACAAAUGAAGUUGCUUUGUCUAAUGGCAAGUGCUGGCUAAUUCUAUAACUUUGGAACUAUUGCCGCAAAAGAUCUAUCACCGUAAGUAACUGUAAUAGUCUUGGGGAUAACUAGGAGGUUGGAAUCACUAGAACGAAGAGAACGACAGGGAGUGUAAUGAUCUAACAGCUCGUUAGUAUACACCGCAGCAAGGCCAUUAAGAGAUUUGUACGUGAUCAACAGUAACUUGAAAAUUAUUCUGUCCUCUAAAGGAAGCCAGUGCAACUUUUUUAAAGCAAAAGUUUUAGACGAGAGUCUUUUUUUCGUGACCCAAUAUUAUAUCACUUAAAUCAAGACCGCGCAGGAACUUGUUUUGUAGAAGCCACUAAAGGGUACUGAAAUUAAAUCUGGGGUUUAAGUUGCGAGGGGAAGGAACACCUUUAAAUCUUAAAAUUAAGCGUUUGGAAAAUCACUUCUGGUAUCUUGGAAUAAAAAAAAAAUUACACCUACGAAAACGUCUGCCAGUUGGAGUAGCAUAAGAUAAUGCCCUAGGUGGAAACGUGUCUCCACUUUUUUAAUAGGAGCGCGCGUGCGAAAUUGUUGGCUUCAAGGCCUGCAGUUGUUCAUUCAAUUUUUUGUUGGUAUUUUUCACAGCCCAAUGCUACAAAGAUGCUGAUCAUUUAAUGCCGUUGGACCGAUACGUGGGUGGUACAUUUUAUGAUUUGAUUGGUUCAAAGCACGGAAAGGGUGAGAAAGGGGCGAUAUAUGGUGGCAUAGGAUACAAGGGACUUACUACCGGGGUCGCAGAGAUCAAAACUGCCACCGCUCAGACAAUUGACUUUGGAUACUUUGGAAAUUGCAUCAGCGACUUUGCGCUGUGCCCUUAUGGUAUCACUAUUGGGUUCUGGUUCUGGGCAAAGAGCGGAGCAGACAGCGACAUUCUAUACUCAGCUGAAAACAACGCUGAUCGAGGACUGGCAAUUUUCUACGCAACAUCCACCUCAAAACUGACCGCUAAUAUCUAUUCGACCACCAAAUAUGGCAGCAUAUCUCUUGUAAUAACUCCUGAGAAGUGGUACCAUAUCUUUAUUGCCUGGAGAGAAAAUCCUAGUACCAAUCCUUGGAUGGUUGUCAAUGGAGCAGACGCGUUUUGGGGAACAGUUCUUGCAACGGACAGAACAGUCGAAACGCACCACAAUCUUCUGAUCGGACGGCGACCAACAGGAGGAUCGUCCGACUUUAAAAUGAGCCUACUUGUUAUUUACAGCAAAAUAGCCUUAGGUUAUACAGAGAUGCGAAAAAGGUUCCACUGCGUUGGGAUGUUACCUUGUGAGUUCAUUAUUGCUUAUGAUAUAAAGAUUUAGCAAAGCCUAAAAGCGGAGCCCUUUUUAAAUUCAAACAUUUUACCGGAAAAAUAAAUUUUCGACGGUUUCUAUCGAAUUAAGCACUGACAAAAAAAGAACUAAGUAAAAAGAACGUCAGCCUUUGAAUGUUGUUUUGAGUCCGCGAUUCAAUGGAACUUCUCAACUUAUAGCCAAAACAAAACAAAAGUGUAUCUGAGCCCGCGAUACUUAUAACAUACUUGUCAGCGUAAGCUUCAUUUUGACAAUUAAUGGAAACUAAAUUUGAUAUACGAGCUGACGACAGUGAAUUCUCUUCUUUGUGUCUGGGUUAAUUUGACAUUUCGUUGUCUCUAGCAAAGCUUCAAACAUCCGGUUCUUAUAAACCUAAGCAGGAAUAUUGAGAGUUAAUUAAAGGGGUUCAAUUAGCCACGGUUCUUAGUGGUUACAAGUGUGCAUUUGAUAUUGAGUUGGAUAUUUCCUUAAGUUUCGUUUACAAUUCGCGCCCGAAUAGGAUUCGCAGAACAAUUCUUGCUUGGCCCUAAUAUGUGCGCAACCGUCUGUUAAGUACCUGCGAAGAAGCGCUCCGCAUGAGACCACUACGUCAAAAAUUCUUUGCUUGUAAGACUAACUGAUAACCGGGCAGCAUGUCUUUCAGUUGUGUCUACACCACACUCGUGUUUAAUCACUCGUAGGAUUGGAAACCGACUAGGAGUUACUAGAGCCCAUUAUCGCUGUUAAUGCUUACACUGCUGAGUUUUUUAUCAUCUAUCGACAGCUUAUUCAGACUGCCCCUUUAUUGAAGUUAACGAUCGUAUAAGCACCGGUUGGGCGGGCAUAACGGAGGGGGACUGUAUGGCUACUGGUUUCUGUUACUUGGACAGCACUUGCUUCCAUAGGGACGGACAAAGCGAUUAUUGUAAGUAUUACAGAUGUCUCGUUUGUAGUGCUAACGUGACAAAGUUACUUCCCAAAGAAGUCACACCGGAGAAGCACGACACUUGCAUAAGUGACUGAAACGGGUAGUGACACUUUAAUUCUCAAAACGCUCGGUGUAAACUAAUCAAGAGUUGGGAAAGGACACUUGGCGAAGUAAAAAAUGUCCCCUGAUCAACAAAAUGAAUCACUAAUGUAGCAAAUCCCGAUUUAUGGUUUUGGAGCGUUUUUUUUAAUCCAAGUCCAGCUUGAAACUGCCGGUUUAAGACGAUCUCAAUUUUCAGUCCACUUCCUUUCCUACCCGUCGUUAGUCAAAGACAGUUUUCAUGUACAGGUACAUCGAGUAACGGUUCCAGUAAUAUGAACCCUAAAGGCUUUGAAGUGACGUCCAAAAUCAUUUAAAUUUGAGUAAUUGACUGCAUCGAGAGAAACAGCUGUUGUUACUUACGGAAUAUAAAAAGCAGCUUCACGAAACAGGGAAAAUAUGCCUUCUUUCAACGUCCUAACAGAGUAUUUCAUAAAACAGUAAUUACUCUCUCCUACCACCUACUCUUACUGAUUUUCCUUUGAUGCUUAAAAAUUUGCAGCUAAACUUGGCGUUGGAUGGGGCUCGUCAGCAUUAAUGACAGCAUCCUCGUAUACACCUGGUUUUAUAGGUGAUAAAGGAAGGCUCACUUGGAGGCUCGCAUCAGGUUUGUGCAGCGGUAGUUCAUAUCGAGGACGACAGAUUUGCCAGAGGACCUACGAGCGGCGAAUUCAGCCUUACUUAUCCAUUGUUUAGGACUAAUAAGAUAGAAUCAUUGCUGCUAAAUAGCCCGGGAGGGGUACUUCCUUAAAAGAGGCUAAUGGGGAUGUGUCGCUGGAUGGGGUCUCACUUUCACUACUGGAUUGACUAUAAUGAGGUCGCAUUUUCAAUAGAGUUACUAGAAUGGAGUCGCACAUUUUCGGAUUUUUGGGGUAAGACAGUUCUUCAUAUUUACUGUUAGCAAACGUACCAGAAUGUUUGUACCGCAGAUGAAAAGUGAAGUGUUGUUCGUUCAAUGUAAAAAAUAGGUCAAUUCAUAAAAAUAGAAAGUGACUAAGUUAGGUUCGCGAAAUUACAUAUUUGCGCAAAAAGUGACUAAGAUGGGGUCAAUAAUUGGCCACAGAAUAGACUAUAAUGAGGUAGGGGCUCUGAGGGGCCAGCGGCACAUACCCGGUAAAAAUUAACCCAAGUACCCCCCCCCCCGGGCUAAAUUAAACCCUUAUUUAGGGGCUCUGAGGGGCCAGCGGCACAUACCCGGUAAAAAUUAACCCAAGUACCCCCCCCCCCCGGGCUAAAUUAAACCCUUAUUUCUUUAGAUACAUCUUGGUCUAUUGAAGCUUGGAAACCGCAAUCCACAACUGGUGAUCAGUGGGUGGAGGUGGACGUGAACCAAGUUAAGACAAUCACUAAAGUGGCUACUCAAGGUCGCAGCAGUUCUUACGUCAUGACCUACACCGUGUCUCAUACUAAGAGUGCUUUAUGGGAGGCGUAUUUAGAAAACAACGCAGUUAAGGUAAGGCAACACGAAUGCGACAGCAGUGGAACCUUUCAUGAGCGACCGCCUCAAGGUACGGUAACACGAGCUGCAGAAACGUUAAACUUAUUUUGCACCAUUGCUGUAAAACGAGUUGAAUAGCGAUGUUGGGCGUUUUACCAGCCACGAAGAAAACCUGUCUUGCAACCUAACAAACGAGGAUGUUGCAGGUUGCGAAAUGUUGUUACAACAAAAGCUGUUCGUGUUGUGCGUUUUACCGGCUUAAAGGCAAACUUGUUUUGCAAUUAGUGACGUAAUUCACGUGUAUAGCGUCACUUCCGUGUAAUUUUAUCCAAUCAGAAGUCAGUAUUCACGCAUCUUGUAACAACCGCUACCCAAUGAUCCCCAUGCUCUCAGAAGAGAGAGUACCUCAAUUAAAGAUGAAUUGAGAAAAGUCUUUGAAUAGCGUCAGAAUCACUUCCGAAAUGAAUGAAUUUUUUUCUGUAGCAGAAGAGAGCUUCCUUUUUACAUUUUAACGUCAAUUUUUCACAGCUUUUUACGGGAAAUACUGAUGCAAGCUCUGUGGUUCAAAAGACCUUUGCCAAUCCAUUCGUGGCGAGGAAAGUCCGACUUCACAUAAAGUCAUGGAAUCACGAACCUGUUCUCAGAAUGGAACUGUAUGGCAUUACAACGCGUGAGUCUAUUAACCCUUUAAGCCUCAAGAUCCAGAUACAAAUUCUCCAGACUGAUCUCUAACAUAUCUUUUAAGAGCAGUUGAGAGAAUUUGGUUCAAGAUCAAAGCUUUCUCCCUUUGGUAAUCAAUUUAGUAAUUCUCACGACCGUUACCCUUUGUGAUCUGCUGAUGUUGUUAGGAGAAAAUUGAUGUUGGUCACUCUAGGGACCUAAAGGGUUAACCAAGCUUUCGCUUAGCUUAAAAUCCCAUAUUCUAGCAGUAAACGAAAUGGUCAAAGACUUCUUAAUAUGAUUUAACGUUCGAUUAAACGACUUCAGGCUUUGAAUCUCAGCGGACUCAAAUUCAGCUGCUUUGUGCUGCUGAAUCGAUUUUGUCAGUUGAGAAGCUGCUACCAGACGUAACUAUAACAUAUUUCACGCUCGGUUCACGUUCUUGGUGCUUAACUCGUCCUCCGCUGCACGCUUGGUCAACCAAGUAAUGGUAACAGGACUGAGUGGAGUCCAAUUAAAACACAAGAUAUUCUGAAAGUUUUUUUUUUGCUAAAAGUAAAAAAAAAAACCUUCAAGUGUGCGCGGGCGCGAUGGCAUUCACUGUUCUGAUGGCGCGCACUGUCGUAUGGGAGUGACGCGUACUGUCCUAUUAUAGUGUCCUAUAAAUUCUGGAAUCAGGACAGCAGAUAGAUUGGAGAAUUUUGUUAUGUGAUUACGCGUAUUCCACGGUACAUCAAUGUUUUCGAACCAAGGUAAAUCCAGAAGUGGUUUCGGGGUUUUGAAAUGUUUGUGGUCUAUUUUGCAAAUAUUUUUACAAUUUAAGUGGUCAUUUUGAGGUUUAGCGCAGGACUAGGUCGAUGUCGCCUCUAACUGCAUUGUGGGACUAUUCCGAGGACGCUAUCAGCUCUUUCAUUGGUUACAAGGAAGUCGCACAGGAAAAUGGGUCCACAUUCGCUCCCCAAAAUAGCCCCAUAGUGCAAUAGACCUUUCUACCGAUACGGCAGCCAUAUUGAAUUAAUUCGAUUUAAGGAGUAUUAUAGGAUACCCAGGGGGCAUGAGCGCAUUUCGUUUGUAUUUUCGAGCGCUUUUCGGGACAUUUUUUCUUAAAGUUUUCUUAGAAUAAGAUUGUAAUGAGAACAAAGAUCCUUGUGCCGUGUUUGGAUGUAAUAAUGAUCGCCUUUCUCUAGUUUAGUAUUAGAAAUAUGGUCUUUCAUUGUAUAUUUCUCGGGAAAAGGGCGAUCAUUAUAUACAUCAAAACACAGCACAAGGAUCUUUUUUCCCAUUGCAAUCUUAUUCCAAGACAACUUUAAGAAAAAAUGUCCCGAGAAGCGCUCGAAAAUACAAACGAAAUGUGCUUAAUCCCCCUGGGCAUCCUAUAAUACUCCUUAAAUCAAAUUAAUUCAAUAUGGCCGCCGUAUCGGUAAAAAGGUCUAUUCGACACGGCAUUGACCCAGUCUCAAGCGGAGCUCCAACAUGUCUAAUUAAUUAAAUUUUAUUUUUUCAAUGUAGCGGAAAAUUACGUUGGCUGUUAUUUGAGUGGUCCAUUUAAGGCAUGUGGAGACUACGGCAAGAAUUCCCUGACCCCGGAGAUCUGUACCACUUGCUGCGGCGAGGCAGGCUAUACAUACUCUGCGGUAAAACGUGGAGAUCAGUGUCUCUGCAGUGACUCAGUUGACGCCGUCAAUAAGGUUGGCGAACCACAAUGCGAUGUGCCAUGUACAGGCAACCCAAUAAUACAAUGCGGUGGACGAUCUGCCUACAGCGUUUACAAUGCUUCAGGAAAGUACGACUAUGAACUUGGCCUGACCAUGCCCACAAACGUAUCUGUGUCAGAAAGAUUCAAUGCUACGCUUUCCGAUUACACGGGAGCAUCGUACACGUUGGACUUUGGCGAGGGCAUCUUAGUCACCACAGAGAAGUCUGUUGAAUCGUAUCUCUAUCAUUCUGAGGGAACACACAUUGUUUAUGGCCAGGCCCUGUUGGGCGAUUAUGGUGAACCACAAUUACAUACCACAUCAUUGGCGGUAAGAAGCCCAGGGGGUACUUCCUAUAGUAGCCUAUACGGGGAGGCUCCGCCCGUAAGGGGUACCUUUUGCAGGCCACAAGCCUCAGGUAUAUGAAAGGGUUGUGGAGACGGCAAGGACGAGCGGUUAGAGCACUGGACUUGUAAUCCGGAAGCCCAGAGUUCAAGUCCCGCCCUGAACGCUAGCUGGAUUUGUACUUGGUAUUCCCGAGUUCAAAUCCUCGGCCACGCUUGUAAAUGGCCAACUGGUUUUGUCCUCCUACCGGUUGGGAUUCUUAAACAUAUUAUGUUCCGUUUAAACUAUUGUUUUAUUAUCUCUGAAAAGGCCCAUAAGGGGAGUGGAUAAUCAAGUAUUUAUUAUUGUUGUUAUUAUUAUUAUUAUUAUUAUUAUUAUUAUUAUUAUUAUUCCAAGGGUUGAAGUAUAUAAAAGGGUAGGGAAAUCUGUCUUUCCGUCUGUAGAAAGAUCUAAAAGGACCAAUAGAAGAAUUUAUGGCUAUGAAAAAGUCGAGAAAUUUUCUUUUUUUUUAUUUAAUCUUCUUUUAAAGGCAGUGCAUUUAUAGCAGUUAAAAGAGGUUCAAUGUUCUAAACUAGGUAUGUGAAAAGAGUACCAUUUGUCAAUGAGAAUAUAUGAAAGGGGUACCUUUUCUGUCAAAAAUUGUAAUAAUUAUAAUGUAUAAUUAUAAUUAUUAUAAUGUAUACAAUGUCUCUGAGAAAUCUUUGUUGAUGUCAUUGUUUACAUUUUUCCUCAUUAGCAUACGACUUAACUCAUUGAAGCCGUGGCCACAUAUAUGAACUAAAUGUAAAAGUUUAAAGAGCUAAUGAAGUUGAGCAAUUUGUGCAAUUUUCAGCUCUUUGCAUGCAAUAUUGAAGGAAAUAUCAGCCAUCAAAAACUGCGAAAUUGCUAUGUGGCAAAAAAGUUAAUGAGCGAUACAUUCUCAGUAAAAUUUCGAGUUUUUAGAAGAGAAUUUCUCCGAAACCAUUCGGUGUAUUGGGUUCGAAUUUUUGGAGAUAACUGAAACUGUUAUGCCCUUUCAAUAUUCAGAGUUUUUAUUUUAUUAGGGUCAUCAGACAGUGAUAAGCAUAAGUUAAUGAGGCAAAAAGUGUAAACAAAAAUUCGCCUAUAAUAAUCCUGGGGUCACCAGUUGUUUAUCAAAAAGGAAAAAGAUAGUGGUCGAAACCUGGUGCAUUCAACAAGGACCCUUAUUCUCUUUGUUUACCCUUUGUUGAUGUCAUGUCCAUUUUCUUUCUUUUAGGUGAAUGUUUACUCUUUUGUCAAUCUGCUUGAACUCAACUGUCCCUCGAUCGUUGAGGCAAACGAAGAGUUCGGGUGUCCGAUAUCCGUUUACGAAGGGACUGACAUGCGGUUGGACGCUCAGUUUACCACGGGAAGCGCAAUUUCAUCUCCCAUGGAUGGUAAGUGUUGUGAAAGCCCGCAAUAGUGAACUUACGUAAAAGGACAACAUGGCAAAAAAGACGGCAAACCUUGUGUGGCAAACAUGACAAAAAUAGUUUUUGAAAAAACUGUCCGCUAAUCUUGACCGCGCAUGUGCGCAAGGAAUUGAAGUGAAGCCUGUGUGGGCUUGGCUAUUUCGGAAGGGGGUCAAAAAAGGGAGAGAGUUCUUUUAUCAUUUCUCGCGAGUCUUUGCGCACUGAGUCAAAUUACGGUGUAUGCUCUUCGUCUUCUAGAUGCUCGUACCUACACUGUUGGAGAGGUUUUUCAGUCCACACCCGGAAGUGGUGGGGUACAAUACACCAACGUAACUGUGCUGCUACCAAGUUACAGGUUUGAGGAUGACUGCAAGCUAAUGGGUUGGAGGAUUUGUACAGAGACUAGCGGCUACGUAUCUCUUCAGGUAGGUAAUUAUUACCCAAACAGAGCCAAUCACAAUAUAACGGGUGGAAUUUCAAACUGGCCAAUGAGAUGCUAGCCUGCGAAUACAGCCGUGUCUCCUCGCUGCGUCUGCACUUUAACGACAGAAAUUCCAUACUUAUGACGUAAAUCAAUGUUUACUCAAUUAAAACUUUAGUCGUGGAGAUCCAAAUGUAAAUUUGUUCGAUUAUAUGUUUCUUCUGGUCGAUUAUGAUAAAGUUUAGUGCUCUUCUGCAAACGAGCUCCAGCAAAACUCAAACUUCUUGCUCGAAGUACAUUGAAAACUUAACGUUCUAGCAACAAUUUAACGUGAUUACCGAUCCAUAAAAACGAUUUUUCUUGGUGUGUCGUUGUACAGUUGACUCCCGAUAACUCGAACCCUCCUUAAAUCGAACCUCACGCUAGCUGGGACCAAAGUCGUUUUUCCCUGGAUUUCCUUCAUACAUUUACUCUAACCAUGUUUACCCUCGGUAACUCGAACCCUCGAUAACCCGAACCUCCCGCUAACUCGAAGUAGUUUUUGUUUCCCUUCAGGUCAUUUCUAUACAAUUUUACCCACGUAACUCGAACCAUCAGUUAUGCGGGUGACAAGUCGAAAAAAAACAGUGUUCUGAAGUCCGAAACAUUCAAUUUAUUUCAAAACAACCGUGUCAAUUCUUUGUCUUUUUUGUUAUUCCAGUUCAAGUUCAGUGUCCAUCCCUGUAUGUUAAUCAAGCUUCGUUUCUUGAUUCCUUUUUCAAAAUAUUAAUCUAUUGAAGUGUGCACUAUGAUGCUUUCUUUCCCUCCCCAUCCAUUUGCGUAUUUUCUUAUUUCCGGUUAUUUGUUUCGAACUCCCGAUAACUCGAACUUUUUUCGAUUUCCCUAGAAGGUUCGAAUUACUAGGAGUCGACUGUAUCGCGUUGAUGAAGUUAAAGUUUAUGAUGAUGUAAACUCGAACCAUUGCACGUUAUAUUUUCAACAACAUGCACCUGAGUUCACCUAAAUUACCCACAAUUUGCUCUAUUUUGUCACCGCGAAUAACGCGACUCAUUCAUUGACCAUUUGUGAGUAUAGGCUUGCAGAAGUGCAAGCGAAUUUUUCGGCAACCUCGGUGACCCAGAGAAAGAAGGAAGAAACACUUUUUCUCAAACACUUUUUUCCCAAGCGUCUUUGCGCGUGUCAAUUUUCCUUUCCAUAAUCCUUUGCGAGAAUAAAUAAGUGGAGACAGGUGCAAGUCUGUGGCAUCCUCUUAAAAACACUCAUGCGCACCAGGACAGUAGGCUAAAGGUAGCAACGAUUUUUAAUGGCAAGAUGAACCAACUCAUUUAGUCAUUCAUUUCCUUGACAGAUAUAUCGAAAAGUGUGCGGAACCGGACCUCUCCACCUCUACUGCAAUAUCAAUUCCAUUUGUACUGAAGCUCCUCCUUGCGGCAAUACCUCGGCCACUAAUUGUAACAGUGGUGAAGUGUUUUCGUUUGGCUCAUGUACUUGCAAUGACGAAAAUGUAUCACCGAAUACUAUUCCAACUGCCACAUUGAGCGAAAAGUACGAGCUGGUCUCCGAGCAUCUUAUUUUCGUUUCCAAAGGUGGUUGCCAUAUAUUCUCGUUCGAUGACAUUAAAAAUAGCACCGACGUCAAAGAAGGAGACAUCAUUGGUUUCACUUACCAGGGCAGUGGCCACACAGAAAUAAUCUCUCGAAAAAGUGAAGACAGUAAAAAAUACAAUUCCACAGCAUUUUAUUUCAAUGACGCUAAUCUUCACUUGGGUUCCGUUUUGAUUACAACCCAGUCUACUCCAUCUAGCAUCAGCCAACUCCAGUUUGCUGUAGAAGCGGUUUGUCGCGCCCCCGCUAAGAUGCUGCUUCUUCACACUUAUGCCAUUGGUCAUUAUUACGAGCAAGCAACGGUAAGCGGACCGUUGAAUUCAGUCACAAAAACGGCGCACAUAACGGCAACCGAGAGCGUGGCAAACGUCACAAUGACCACGCCCGAAGCUGUAGCAACCAACGAUUCAUUUACAGUGACAGUACAUCCUCAUCCUGGUUACAACAUUACCUACGUUGUAAAUUAUGGUUCGGGCUACAAUGAGACCUCGUUUACUGAACUUGCAGACCAGGACCAGCUAUUAAACUACGAGUACCGCUUGAGCGGCACAUAUUCCGUUUCACUUCACGCCAGUAACAUUCUCUCUUUUUCGAUAAAGACCUGUACGGUUGUGGUACAAGACAGGGUAUUAGGCUUGGCGUUUUACAGCCCCGUCCUCCCGGUGGCGUUGGGAAACAUCACUUUUAUACAGUGGCUUGUUCGGCAAGGAGACGGCAUUAACAUAACAGUUGAUUUCGGUGACGGAACCUCCUAUCAGAAUGGCUCGUUUGAUGUCGGCUAUCUUUUUGCCGCGAUAAAUAACCAUACUUACGCAGCUACAGGGGAGUAUGCUAUCACCAUAAACGUGUCCAACUGUGUUUCGAACGCGUCAAUAGAGACUCUGGCCAUAGUGGAGUUACCGGUGACCGGUCUAACUUGUACCGUCCACCAUGCGCACAGAGACAUAGAAGUUAAUGAGACCGUGACAGUCGAGGUCACAAUCACCCAGGGAACCAAUCCAGAAAUCUUUAUCGACUUCGGAGACGGUUCGGCUACCACGACGCGAGAUCUAACCGCUCAGCAUUCUUAUUCGCCAUUCGAUUUUUACAAUGUGAGCUGCUCUGUUUACAAUAACAUAAGUAUGCUAAAUGCAUCGACGGAAAUCCAAGUACAUAAACCGGUCGAUCCCCUGAUUGGCUUUAACGUAACUUGCUCUCUCACCAACCUGACUGAUCUUACUCCCUGCAUGUUGAACAUAAGUAUUGGUACCGAUUUUACAUGCACGUGGAAUUGGGGCGAUGGCACCACGAACGAAACUGUGUUUGAACAACUAGGAAAUUUCACCUACCACAAUUACAGCAGCGUAGGUCACUUCCACGUACAACUUAACUGCAGUAAUCGAUUGAAUAAGACCACAGCAGAGACAAUAGCUAUUGUAGAGGAGCCCAUAAUUGGAUUUGAAGUAGUUGAUCCGAUAGCAAAGCCUUUUGCAGAGCGUUUCUCCGUGUACUGGAACACUAUUACAGGGACUGAUGCAAUCUUCAAUGCAACAUUUACGCACAUUAUCGAUGGAACUUCCUUCGACUUAGAAGUUAUUACAACGAUAAGUACAACACAUGGGACAGCGAUGGUAUUCGAAUACAUGAUGCCAGAUAUAGGCAUCUAUGAGCUCAUGGUGACGGCCAUCAAUUACGUAACCCCGCGGCAAAUGAGAUAUUUAACGGUGAUGGUGGACGUGCCAAUAGACACGCCACUUUUGACCCGAUCCAGUCAAUUCGUUGAGGUUAACAAAACAGCAAAUUUCUCCUGCCAAAUGGCAGCGGGCAGCAACGUCAGUAUUUGGUGGGAUUUUGGAGAUGGUUCUGAUGUUGUAAAUCAUUACUACCAGGGAAAUUUCUCUACUGAUGGGGUCACUAUUCAACACGUCUUUAUGUACGAAGGGAUAUACACAGUUACUCUCUUCGGCAACAACAGUGUCAGCAACUUUACCCGUUUCAUACUUAGUUACAUACAAAACCCACAUUAUUUGACUCUGACAACAAAUAGCCCGCAGAACAUUCCUCCAGGCACAAUCACCUUUACGAUUACUGUUGUUGCGGGUCAAGUACAUCCCACAAAUUCAAACUACACGGUUAACUACGGUGACGGAACGUCGGUUGCAAACGAUACUUUCCUAGCACCACUUAUACUGCAACACUCCUAUGGAACGCACGGCGCGUAUACCAUGAACAUUACUGUUAAUAAUGAAAUUCACCUAGCCUUCAUGGAAAUAGAAGUCGAAGUCCAAACGCCCAUCACUAACUUCUCAGCGGUUUCUUUGAACACAGGACCAGAAGCGAACAUUGGAAAACCAGGAUUUGGCCAUGACAAAACCUAUUUUCCAUGCGAUUUCCCCGUCCUUUUCAAUACUACAAUUGCAACUGGAACUAAUGUAACGUAUUAUUGGGAUUUCAGUAAUGGAUAUGAAGUUACCACUACUAAUCCUUUUAUAAAUUACACGUUCGAAAUUCCGAAUUUAUACACAAUCAACAUUACAGCAUGGAACGCCGUGAGUAAAGAGAUCCUUCAGCUUACGGUCCGCUCACAGUGUAUGGUCAAGACAAUAAAUUUCACAAAUGACGGACCUCAAAAGCUGGGCCUUCCUAUUAAUUUUACCGUUGGAAUUAAACAAGUGGGAACAGAAUCGUGUUUUCUGGUGGAAAUUGGCGAUAACAAAGUCUUCAUCUACCAGACUGAUCUUGGGAUUACCUGCGAGGACGAAUGCAGCAAGGUUGGCGUGGAAGUCAAGACCUUUACAGGAAAAAACUUUUCUUUUGACCAUACGUACUCUGCGGUCGAUAAUUACCCGCUUUUGAUCACGGGAUGCAACAAGGUGAGCAAAGUCAACGCAUCAGGUAAAGCUGUGACCUUAGAUAAGCCCUGCGAUUAUCCCGUCGUUACGAUCGACUCAGACGCUGUGGGAAGUAUUCGCCAAAAUGCAGUUCCCUACUAUAGAUGGAAGUCCAUCAAAAUCAAGAAUACCGUAGUGGUGAAUUGUGAAGCUUCUGACAAAACCAAUUUCACGUGGAUUGUGAAGAAGUGGGACGUCGACAGCGGCAGCUUCAUAACGUUUCCUUUAAUAGGGAAUGCUUUAUCAACAUCCAAAAAGUUAACCAUGGAAAUUAACCCUAUGGAAUUUUCUAUCGAUGAAUACUACUUUGAGUUCACGUGUGCAAUGGCCGAUGUAAAGGGAGUCGAAGGGUCUUCCGAGGGAUACAUCAAUGUUAUUCCCUCGGACAUCGAAGCCGCCAUCGCCGGGGGAUCAACUAGGGCAAUUGGUGAAGGAAAAGAAGCCACCAUAGAUGCCUCUAAUACAAAAGACCCGGACGUUCCAGAAAACGACAAUUUGCCUAGUGAUUUCCAGUAUUGCUGGUUCUGUGCUAAACAAGGAAGUUACGACCCUGAACUGGUUAAAAACUGUACCGUGCUUCCCGCGUUUCCUUUAUCUCCGAUUCCACAUGUCACUGCUAUCAACAGCUCGAACAACGAAACUCAGUCUAACUCUACGGUGGUAGAUGAGGAUGGAUGUUUUGGUUAUCCGCCUGGAAGACUGAACGCCUCCACAGCACAGAUCUCUUUUAAUACACUCAGGAUGAGGCUGUACAGCACGUACGAUGUUUGUGUGUUGGCCAUGAAAGACACUCGGAGAAGUGUUGCCUGUACUAGCAUUUUAUUGGUGGAAGGAGAUCCACCAAUUGUUCAUAUCACGUGAGUGAAAUUCCCUCUCCCCUAUUCGCCACUUUAGAAACGAGAGGGAAACUGGGCUGAGUAAAGUGUCACAAAGACCUCUGGGAUCGUUACUGGGGACGUGCUGGUCAGCUACUGGACAAUUUUUCCCCUGUCCUUUGUAACAGUCCCAGAAGUCUUUGCAAACGUUUCCUGUUCGUUUCUAAACUGACAAAUAGAGAGCUUUAAAGGAUUAUGUCACGAGAAUAUUGCUGUUGUUGGUCGAUUCUGUGCUGAAGCAGGAGCCCAUAACCCGGAGCGAGCAACAUCCACAGACUCGUGUCACGGCGUUUUUACGGAGCAGAUUCUUUUUAGAACUGUUUGGCGCAAAUUUUGACUAUGUUUUAAAUUCCAUAAACCAGUUAGCAAAGCCUACAGACCUAAAAGUGAUAUUUUCUGCCUUUUAAUAACGUUUAGUUUGCCUUUUUGAUAUCUUAUACUUCGAAUGCGCUCAUAGACAUGGUGGAGAAUCUAUUUUCGCGGGAAAAAGUGCCCUGAAAUGUGUCUAAAAAUAAACUGGUCCGUAAAAAAGCCGUGACAUAGGCCUAGUAUGAGCGUUACUCGCUCCGGAUUAUGGGGUCCUGGCUGAAGUCAUUACCUCUCUUCAGGCGACCGGUGCAAAAAUCAUCACCACUCUCCAUGUCGUUAUAUAUGUCAGUGCGAAAUACAGUCGAACCUUUAUAUAACGACCCUGUAUUAAGCGGCCACCCUUGAACGGAAACUAAGCGAUAUGGUAUUUUCUGCGGUAUUUUAUGACAGAAUGAGAUGUUUUGUUGUGAACUCAGGUAAGUCAUAGAAAUACGGUACUGUAUAUCGCAGUAGAAGAGUAGAUGACAAUUUACUGCACAGUACUUUUACACAAUGUUACGUAUAUUAUACCGUAAAGUUACAAGUUGGCACUGAACUUUGUUUAAAGUAUUGAUCGCUUGAAAGAGUGUUGAUUGUGUUAUUGUUUCCUUGCAUAUAGUGAUAUAGUAUUUUUGUAUGAUACGCCAUUAAGAUUCACAUUAGACCACGCCCAGUGAGUAAUUUUAGUGAUCCUGUAUGAAGUAGCCACCCGUUAUAUACAGGUUCGACCGUAGUAGGUGAUUCGCAGUGCAAAACAAGGGAAUUACGCUUACCAUUUGUUAAAGAGUGUGGUUUAGGAAUAUGGCAUUAGAAUUAAUAUAAUGUUCUUUCCUUUAACUUCAGGUGCGUAACAAACUGCAACAAAAGAAUCGGACCUUCUAACAAAAUGACUUUGACAGGCUGUGCCACUUGCGAAACUUGUACGUGUCAAAAUACCAAUUACGAGUGGAAGAUAUUGAAGGGAGAUUCGCCCUCUGGUCCUUUUCAAGAAGUUGAAAACGUCGAAAACAUUCUGAGCACCCCCAAAACAGGAAGAACACUUGUGGUAAAAGCAAAUAGUCUGGAGGGUGGCAAGACUUACACGUUCCGACUUGAGGCAUGGGCCCAAGGAACCCAAACCCGUGGGUUUUCAGAAUACACCAGGGAGGUGAAUGUGCCGCCACAAGAAGGGGUCUGCAAUAUCACUUCAAAACAUGCCGAUACACCCGACCUGGGGUUUGCGUUUCAAGACGACUUUCAAAUCACGUGUAAGGAUUGGCAGGAUGACACUAAGUUGAAAUACAAGGUGUCAACUCAAUCGGACGCUGAUAGUCCAGAAAUUCCAGUUCCUGCGGAGGCUGUACUCUCCCCGGGUGCGCCAUACACGUCAUCUUGGUUAACUCUUUCUGUUGGUCUAGAGAGCAGAGGCUAUCGGAUUGACGUAUUCGUUAGAAUUCAAGACGAGGACGGAGCAAUCACUAAAUACGAUCUUCAAGUGAGGGUAAGGAAGAAAGACAGCUAAGAAAUAAAACCUUUAAGGAACUGUGUCACGACAUUUCAUCAAAAUUCAAACAGCUGGAGAUGCCACCAAACUGAGUGAACAGCACUGUAGCAGCUGUUCGUAAAUAGAAGGUGUCUCCUCAUUGGUCACAGAAAAGAAGAAAACAACAUUGUUCAUUACAUUAGAACCUCGAUAACUCGAAUUCCCCGCUAACUCGAACCAAAUUUUCUUUCCCUUGAUCAAAAUUUUCCUGAAAUUUACCACGAUAACUCGAACUGUUUUUCGUUUCCCUCGAGAGUUCGAGUUACCGGGGUUCUACUGUAUUUCCAUUGUUGUACGGUUAGGGUUGCAAACCAAGUGGCUUUAGGGUUAGGAGAGCUGAAAGAAGGUAUCAUAACACAACAAAUACAAAAUGGACAUACUUGAAGACGAUUGAAAAGGAAGACAGCAACCCCUCGUAUUGAGGAUUACCAGCUGGUUUUUAAAACCUGUUUGCCUAACAUAGGGAGACAUAUUUGUUUGACACGAAGUUGUGAUUUAGUCAUUUACAAGUGACUCCUUAGCUAACUUUAAGUUCCAUAGCAAACAAGAACGCGUAAUUGGCAAAAUUAUUAACAAAUACUCUGGCAUGGACAGCCUAGAUAAAAAAUUAUAAAAUUAUUAAAAUAUUGCCUUUUACAGUCUGGGCCAAAAAAAUCAUCUUUAUGUUUUCUUGAUACUAAGGGAGGGUUUCCACAGUCAUGUAAUUUUUACGUGGGUAUAUUCUACGCGCGUAAAUAAAAUAGAGGCAAUAUAUGAAAGGUAUCGCGUAAACGCAAAAGUUCAACGUCACUCAACUUUUAAUUACGCGCCGUAAAUUUUACUCGUGCACGCAGUUAAAAAUUACGUGACACGUGACAGUGAAUAUCCACCUUAAGAGCAAAUGGGGUACGCGUUACAGGAAUCUCUUUGACCUUAUGACGUAAGACCAAGUCUCGUUUUCUAACUACCGUCUUUGCUCGAUUAAACGCCGCCUUCGAAAUAGACGCCGCACCUAAUCGGAGGAAUCCGGCGUUUAUUCGAGGAAUAUAAGAAAAAAAUCGGUACAACUCACUGGUAAUCUGCACCAUCCUGGGAUCCAUAAAUUUACGAUUCUGUCUCAGGAAAAUAAGAGAGACAUUAGAGCCUUUAAAUUACAUGAUAUUUACAAGCGAUUUACGGUUACUUUACAGUUGCUAGGGAUUUAAGAAAAAGGGGUUGUUUACCAUUUACAAAUAGAUUCCGGAAAAUCCGGUUGGAGAGUAAAUGGAACACGACUUUUUGGGUCGUUCCAGCGGAAAACUUCCUGGAACAGCGGAACAUCUGAAAAGGUAGUCGUGUUUUCUGGACGGAAUAUUCCAAACAGAAAUUCAAGUUCCAUUUCUUCAAAGCCAUCUUUGAUACCAGUUUCAAGCCUUCGCGGUCGUUUUCCAGCAAAUAGAACUGAUUUGUACAAAGGGUAAACGCGAUUCCGAGACGAAAUAUACCAGUCCUAAAUUUUGCGUACCAUUUGACCAUUCCAAGGGCCUACUGGUUUGUCCAUGUAAAUGCCAAAUGGUAAGCAACCAUGAUUUCGAAAUAAACGCCAUCCUUAACCCUUUAAGUCCCAAUAGUGCUCAAAAUCAAUUUUCUCCUAACGAUAUCCAUAGACUAUCAUGGGCAAAGUCUAUGAGAAUUAACAAAAUGAUCACAAAGAGAAAAAUAUUUGAUCUUUUAGCAAAUUCUCCCAACUAAUUCUUCACGGAAAUGUAUGGAGAUCAGUUUGGAGAAUUUGUAUGUGGAUAUUGGGACUUAAAGAGUUAAAUAAAAACCAAUCGGACACGCCAAAAAUUUAACAAACACCGCGGCGUUUAAUCGAGUAAAUACGGUACUGCUAUUUAUGUUUUCCUUCUAGCUUUACUACAGUUUCUGUGAAUUUGGUAAAAUAUUUGUAAAACUACCUUAAAAGGGCCAUUCAAACAUAGGCGUCCUACGAAAAUUGAUUGUUGCUUUGUUUCUGUCGUUUAAGGUUGAAAUGCCACAACAGAGUGCAGAAGAGAAAGAGGCCCUGCUUGCAAAUCAGGUAGUAAUGAUAAUGGUGAUGGUACUGUUAGGCCCCAUUUGUAUGGAGAAAACCUGUCUCAUCAUCGUCAUCACUAUAUUGUCAGUAUCAUCGGUAUGGUCUCCAUUGACGUCACGUUCAUCGUCACCAUUAUCGUCUUUACAACUGUGUUCGUCACCAAAGCAGUCUCAUCAUCGUCAUCACUAUAUUGUCAGUGAUCAAUAGAUCGUGACGUCAGUAGUAGCGAAAACGAUGGCCUCGACAUUGACGAUGAUGAUGAUGGCAAAGGCGACGAAAACGACGGGAAUAACAACGGUGAUGGCGAUAAUGAUUAUGACAGUUUUUACAAUGGCGAUGAUGAUGACGAUGAUGAUAAUGAUGAUGACGAUAAUGACGAUAGCGAAAAUAAUAAUAAUGAACUUACGCAACAGGACGGGAGAGGAAAGAAAAUGACCAACCUUGUGAGACAGGCGUGAUAAUAUUUUUGUUUAAAAAAAAUUCUGCCAAACUUCAUCUUCCUUUAAACAGAAUUUUUUGUGAAAAACCAGAAAAACAGUAAUGUUAAGUGAAGAUCUCGACAAAACACGCAAUAAUAGCCCUGUCACGUUUGUCACGCACAAGCGUUAUGCCGUCCUCCUCUUUCUGCCGUCCUGUUGCGUAAACUCACUAAUAAACACUGAAGAUUACGCUUGUUGUUUCCCAUGUUCUAAACUAUCAAAUGGGAAGAAGGAAACACGUAUUUAGCGUUACCUUCAGGUUCCUUAUGAUGUAGCUGAACAAAUUAAUGAACAUUUACCUUCACAUUUUGUUGUUAAUAAAAGUUCAGGAAAGUAGUUUAGUUAUAAAUGUAAGAUGUUCUAACUAUUCGCAUCCAUAAACCUAGAAAAACAAUUUGAAGAACCUUAUAGCGGAAGGGAACCCAGAAGCGGUGCUGGGCGCCGUUGGGAACUUAGCAUCUGCCUUCCUUGCGCCAGCCGCCAGCAGCGGAGAAUCAUCUUCAUCAGAACAAAGCAGCGAUUCUGCUUCAUCGGAGCCAAGCGAGGAAGAAAAGCAAAAACAGGCAGAGGUAUGAUGACUUGCGUGUCAGUGUUAAUGUCAAUCCCUCUAAUUAUCCAUUCGUUGACUUUUUUUAAAAACAAAAGGCUGUUUUUAUAAACUGUGGAAUCUUUUGCAAAGCUCUAUCUUUUGUUCAACAGAACCAAAGCAACAGAACAAGAUGACAUAAGAUUGUGUUUUCUUUUUUAUAGCUUCAAGAACAAUUGCUUGAUACCAUUUUGAAAGUAUCAGAACCAUCAAAUCCUGACCAAGCUGUGCAGAUCGCGGGCACAUUGACCGCUGUCGGUUCAAGCAGCGCGCCAUCCGACAGCGCUAAGGUAACAUGCUACACACAGACGGGUUGCUGUGAAGAUUUCAGCUACAGAAAUAAUUUAAGUCUGAUAACACUUAUCCAUGCAAUAUUUCAACAGCCAAAACUACGAUUAUUCUUUGAUAUUACGAUUACUAGAAAGUGUAAAAAAUAUUCAUUCGCCAACUAAGGGUGCUGUGAAAUAUGUCUUGGGAAUUAGACACACAAAUACGUCUGAUUUGUUCGCUUAUUCCUCCCUCUACUUCUGUAAGUGUCACAGGUGAACAAGUAUAGAGAAUCUGGAUUUUUAUCAUGCCUAACCUCUUACGCAGGCGAUUAAAGGGAUUCGUAUGACCCCUCUCUCUCCGUAAAUGGGAAACCUCCACACCAAGGGCGUGAGUGAAGUGUGUACCAAAAAGAUGAUCAGUAAAAGCAAAAAUAGAAUAGUGCUGAGCAAAGCAUGCGAAAAAAGCAGAAGGGAAAUCAGAGAUAGUUGUAAAAGAAUAAGGAGGAAGGGCAUGUCUGACCCCGCUAAAACGCUGGUGCAUGGGUCAUCAUUGGUCUUGAUUUGUAGCGCGACAUUUCAGUUUCCCCAAUCUCGAAGUGCUGCUAUGCAAACGAAAGCAAAAUCACGUUAAAGCCUCUUUACAGAUUCAUGUAAAAAAAACCACUUUAAUACAACCAGAUUUUUAACGGCCUGUAAUUGUCUAUAAAGGGGCUGUCCACCCAUACGCGUGUUUUCUCUCGUGCCCAGAUCUCAUGUGUGUCUGUCCCAGCUUUGGAGAUUUGAGAUCUGGGUAUGAGAUUAAUUAGCCACCUGAGGAGAAACUUUCAUUUUCUGUGCACCCUGGUGUGAUUAUUGCUCUUUUAUUAUUUGCAGGAAAAAAUGGCAGAUGUCCUUUCUAAUACAAUGAAUGUUGCGGAUAAAAUGAACUCAGAACAACUCACAGAGUUUUCUUCAAGUCUUCUUGGUACUUUCGGCACCCUCCUUACACCUUCUUCACAGUCGUCCGGUGGGGUAAGAAAGUCACAGUCGAACCUCUGCUACAUAACCAGCACCUCUUUACACAUAACUCCGUCCUCAGCAUGUCCGUUGUGGAGAUGUCCGACUGUAUAAUAAUUUGAUGCAUCCGUGAGAGAUUGAUUGGUAUUAUUUUGAAAUCUCCUCCUUAAACCUUUCAUUCCCAAUAUAGGGCAAAGUAAAAGUUAAGACAUUUCGAAUCCAAAGAUUUACGUAGUAUUAUGCAAAUUAAAGUGAAAGAAGUUUCAUUUUAAUGUUAACUCCCUAGGAUUUCAUUCACAAAUGAAAACGUUCGAGUGGCAUAUCAUCUCAACCUAGUCGGCCUAGUUCCCCUUUUCGUUUCUUAAGUGGCGAGCAGGGGCGGAUCCAGAAAAUUCAGAAAUUGGGGGCCGCGACACUUUCCAGCUAUAUACUAGAUACUUUUUAUUUUUUUGAGAAUUUUAUACAAAAUAAUACAAAAUUUCAAAGAAAAGGGGUGACCACGGCCCUUUUGGCCCACCUCUAAAUCCGCCCUUGGCAAGUACCGUUUUGUAUGGGAAUCACACACCCUCUAGGGAUCGUUCUGAUCACUCAAUUCGACGCUUUUCUUUGCAGGGUAAUUCCCAGUCUGCAAACAGCAGCUCAGCCAGCCCAGUUCAGCAAACGGCCAUGGGAUCGAUGAAUACCAUUCUUGGUUUAAUGUGCGCUAAGAUGGUACCAGGUGAAGCUCCUAACGUCAUUGAAGGUGACCUCGUCGCCAUGGGAGCAGCAGUUGCUGAUCAAUCCCAGUUUACGAGCAUGCAAAUUGGCUCAUGUACUGUCGAAGGAAUUGAUGGAGCUCUUGAUCCAAACUCUUCAGAACCGGUUCAGGCACAGGUGUGAAUUCUUUACCUCAAGACUGUAUAAUGGAACAGAGAGGGAAUCUGUAGGGGUUGGCCGGGAUAUGUGAAUUUCACCUAAGUUAUUUUUUAGGGGUUGUUAUUAAACGAGAAGUCUGAUUCCUGAGAGCUCUACACAUUUAAAUCAAGUCCACAAAUAAAAAAAAAUGCAGAAUAUAGUGAUGCCAACUGUUGAAAUCUCUCCUGACAACGCUGAAGAAAAGUUUGCUGACCUUUCCGGAAACCAGCUUCCGGGUGAUUAAUUCAAGUGUUUAAUUGGUCUAAAAAUAACUUUGGUGAAAUUCACUUAAGGCUACACUAUCUUGCCCUUUAUUCUCUCUCGUCUACCUUUAAUAUUUAAUCGAAUGCCCUUUUAUAAAGCCCAAACAAAAAUUUCAAAAGAUAAAUUGAAAAUGGAUGAUUUCUUUAGCCCAUUUUAUCAGUCCUACCCUCCCCACUCCCCUGCUUUACUUACUGACAACUAUGCCUAGUAAGCAAGUGUCUUCCCCUGCUCUCAUUCGCAACUUAAGACACGAGAAGGGGACUGGGGCCAAAAUUUGUCCCGCAAUUGUUUCUGGGAUCGUUACUGGAGACGCACCGAUCAGUUAUUAGCCAUUUUGGUUUCCCAGAAGUCUUUGCGAAAGAUAACUCGGCCCAAUUCUCAAGUGGCGGAUGAACACUCGCCAUGACCAGAAUAUUGACAUUGUUGUUGUCGUUGUCAUCAAUGUGUCAUCGGUGUUUGUAUUCAGUGGUUAUUUUGAAUGCGAAAAAGGACAAAUCUCGAUCUUUACUCACUUUUUAACUGGUUUGUAUUUAUUGACAGAUGACAACGUUCUCAACUAAUCCCUUUGGAGGCCAGAUAAAUGGUGCUAUUGCUCAACUGGUCCUCAGAGACGGCAAUGGAAACGUCAAGAACGUAUCUAACCUAACCACAUACAUGGAUAUCUUUAUCCCUGAUGAAAAUGGCGAGACCACAGCGGAAACUCAUACACUGACAAAGCAAAACGCAGACAUGUUAGUAAUAAACGUCAAUGUCACCGAUAACAUGAGUGCGAUAUACAUCUGGGCCAUUCCCGAGCACAACAACACCCAGCUGGUGGUUCUAUGCAGGAAAUACUCCAAACCUACACUGCAAAAUUAUGACUUUCGACAAAUGGUUCCAAAGGCUCCUAUUCCCAGUAACGUGACUAGUAACUCCAGCGCGAGUAAUUCCAGUCAAGCUAACUCCAGUGGCCCCGAUAACAGCAAGUAUCUUAUGUUCAUUGAUAACGAUGAUUUGAACCAGACGGCCGCUGGACCAUGGCACUGCGGUUUUUAUUACAAUGGUUCUAUCAAUGACACCCAGGAUGCCCCGGAGGAAGCCACCUACAACAUCACCAUCGUUCAAAUGUGCUGUAAAUACCUCAAUGAAACCACCGAAGAAUGGGAGUACGACGGAUGUAAGGUGAGUUAGUUUUUUUAUCAAUUCGUCCGCCCAUUUUGGCCUAGCCUGCAGUGCAGGCGUUUUCUUUGAGCGCGCAAUUUGCUCGUGAAAGCGACAUGUUCAAACUUCCCGAAGAGAGGAGGAGACGGGGCGAGUCAAAGGGAGCGGGGAGAGAGAAGAGAAAACCCUCCCCCUCCCCCGUUUCCUUCUUUCGCCCUCGCAACUACCGUAAGGGUUACUAUUUCUACUCUCCCCAAUCUUCCAAUGUCAUAAAAUCAAAGAUGGCGGCUACGACAAUAGUACGAACACGAACAAGGUUUCGCCCACCCAAAAUACGCCUGCACUGCAGGCUAAUUUUGGCCCAAAGAGAAGCAUGGACCUACACCUAUAACUUACCUACAAUCUGAUCAUUUUACGUUUCGGUGAAACUGCCCACCUACCCUCCCCUAAGCCAACAUUUUGGUCCAAGUAAGAACUAAGUUUUAAUGUUGGUUUAGGGGAGGAGUAGAAGGCAGUUUCACAGAAACGUAAAAUGAUCCCAAUCUUUGAGCUGUAGUCAUGUCUAGAGAGGUUAAGCAUCACGUUUACUUCAAACGGCAAACUCGAAUUUGUACCACGUGACCAAGUUUCUCCAUUACUUGUCCUUUACUGUUCGUUAUUUCUACACAUAAAUUAGUAAUUUGACCCAAUUUUUUUGUCCGUAAAAGUUGUUUUGAGCUGUUUUUAUCUGCUAGUUUUUUAUUUUGAGAAAUUCUCAACUUGAAUCUGACGUUUGCCGUUUGCCGUAUACUUGAAGGUUAAACUCUCUUCUCUCUUAAACGGACACCUUCAGGCCCGGCGCUGAAGUGUCCGUCUUAGAGAGAUUUCCGUCUUAUAGAGAGUCAACUAACAGAAGUAAAGAAAGGCAGGGAACAAUUCUACAGUCAAGUCUCUUUUAACGGACAUCUUUAUAAGACCGACUCCUCGCUGAAAACAGACGCCUAGAAUCGAUCCCUACCGUUCUUUAUCUCUCUUAAUUAACUCUCUAUACGCCCGAUAUCCGAUCCCGAACUUGCUCGCCUUAGAGAGAGUUGGCUGCACUAGUGAAAAGAAAGGUGUUAUGCGCUUCCUCCUCCUCCUUCCCCACCCCGACCCUAACCUUUCUGAGCCACCUUGUGGCCUUGCCUGCGUUCUCGUUGACUAACUAAAGCAAAAGAUCGUUUUUGUUGUCUUUUUGUUACCUGUAUCUAUUGUGCUUUUUGUUUGAACUAAAGUACGUCUCGGUCCCUCUUAUAUCGCGUACUAAGAUGCCUGGUCCAGCCAAAAGAUUCCCCCUAAUUUGGCUUUUAUUCCUGCCAAUGACAUUUAGGUACGACUGAUUCAAAACGACGGUAUUCUUAGCGCAAUACAGCGUUGCGUCAUUGUUGGCACACUGUUUUGUAUGGUUGCAACGUUGUGAUGCGCUAAACAUCUUCCCGUGUAACAUCACAUUUAUGAAACGAGAACGCAACAGCUGAAGACACAUGUCACUCAUACACACAUACACAUACUUUUCUUAUCUUAAAGCCUGGACCCAAAACAACGGUAAAGUUACGCCACUGUCGUUGCAAUCAUCUGACGUCCUUUGCAAGCGACUUCUUCGUACCGCCAAACAAGAUCGACUGGAAUAAAGUUUCACUUGAAGAGCUUCUCAAAAAUCCCUUGGUGUUUUCUGUCGUUUGCGGAAUUUUUGGUCUAUACUUUCUUCUUUUGAUAUGGGCAAGGCGAGCUGACAGAAAAGACUUAGAGAAGGUAAGUACAGGCGUAUAAGGUAUUACAACUGAUUUGUUUGCCUAAAUAAUGAAAAGCAAAACAAGAAGAUACUGCUCAGUAACGUCGAUUCGAGUUAUCACCUUAAUGACGUUGCAGGACCGUAGCAGGCCUUUAGAAACUAGGGGGUAGCAAGAUUUUAGGGAGCUCAUUGUAUUUCAAAAGCAGAGGGUUUUGGGUGCGGAGGACCCAUUGGACUGUACCUUAAAACCAGAAAAUGUUUCACCUGGCUGCAAACACAUCUUCAAUGCUCUGGGAGAUGAAUUUGUAUUUUCAACUAUUAUGCCUGCAUGUUUUGACUUCUUGGGCCCAAAAACUCGGGGGGGGGGGGUAUGAUACGGCGCGCGUUGCUUAGCACUUCUUGAUACAAGCUGAACUGCUUGCAAUGUCGACAGUGGCCACAGUAAUUUGCCACUUUACAAAAGAGAAGGAAAAUGGGCCGAGUUAACUUUCGCAAAGACCUCUGGGGUCGUUACUGGGGGCGUACUGGUCAGCUAGUGGCCAAUUUUUCCGCUGACUCUGGUAAUCGUCCCAGAAAUCUUUGCGAAAGUCAACUCUACCCAGUUUUCUUCCUGUUUCUACAGUGGUGAAUGGUUUUGUAGGAAACCAUAGCCUCAGUAUCAGGCAUUUCUAAGGGGGAGGGGAGAGGAAGGGAGAGAAGCGAAAUGGGGACACAGAGAAGGGAGAGAGACCCUAACCUUCCCCUCUCUCUUCUCCCCUCCCCCUCAAAAAACUCCCCUCUCUUAACCCCUAAGGAAGGCCUUAUGCUCUAAGGAAACUAAGAAUUUCCCUAUUGUUCUUUAUUUCCUAACAUAAUGUAUAAAUUUGCCAAUUUAUAAUAACCUAUAAGCAGGCUGUUUAUUGGGAGCCUCGAAGGGACGCGAGAGAGAGCGGCGAAGCCACGAGGGGCGAAGGUGAAUUCGAGCCAGCUCUCGCUUUCCUUCCCCCAUUCCCGUUCUCGCGCCUCCUCUCGCGUGCCGUUCACGCGUGACUUCUCGCGAUUCCCCGAAUUAGAGAGCUUGCCCGCGGGCUUAGUUACAAUUCAUUCCUCUAUUUUCCAAGGUGGGCGUGGCUCCAUUACCAGACAAUGACCCACGUGACACGUACAUGUACGAGGUGGUGGUUUACACGGGAUUUGUCAGUAACUCGGGAACAUCAUCUGAGGUUCGCAUUGUGCUCACGGGUGGCCUUGACGAGACGACCCCGCGCCGUCUUAAAGACACGGAGCCUGGUCGGCGAAAGUUUUGCAGAGGAAACGUCGACUACUUCCUUUUGAGCGUGCCACAGUGCUUGGGAAAGCUUAAGACUCUAAAAAUCUGGCACGACAAUACAGGGCCCACCCCCUCCUGGUACCUUCUUAGGGUUAUGGUUCAUGACGUGCAAACGGAAGUAAAAACGUGGUUUAUCUGCGAUCGAUGGCUGGCCGUGGAAGAGGAUGAUGGGUUGGUAGAGCGAACUCUAAUCCCGGCUUCGAAAGACGAGCUCACAAGCUUCAAUUUGCUGUUCUCCACGGAAGCGCGCAAAAACUUAACGGACAACCACUUGUGGUUUUCGGUGGUAGCGCGCCCAGCGAAGAGCAAUUUUACUCGAGUACAACGUCUUUCCUGUUGUCUCUCAGUACUGCUUAGCACGAUGCUUGCCAACGCAAUGUUUUAUCAAGUGGGUGCCGAGUCAUCUUCAGGAACAUCUGUUCACGUGGGGCCAUUUAGCUUUUCCAUAAAGCAACUGUCCAUCGGCAUCACUAGCAGUUUAGUUGUUCUUCCGGCAAACAUCUUGAUCGUGACGUUUUUCCGGAAGGCGCGGCCUAAGGAGGCUAAAGAAGGCUUGAAUAAGAACCAGGACCCUCACGGUCAGAGUCCGAAAUACGAAAUGGAAGAAGUGAAUGCGACCGUGACUAAAGAAGAAGAAGAAGUUGAAGAGGAAGAAGACGAUGGGAAGAAAAAGGACAAAAAGAAAAAGAAAAAGACGCUGCCUCAUUGUUUUGUAUACAUAGCGUACGUGCUGGUGUUUAUCACUUGCACUGUGUCUGCUACGUUCACUAUCUUCUACGGUCUAACGUUUGGGAAAGAGAAGUCCGAAGGAUGGAUAUCGUCCAUGAUGAUCUCAUUUUGGCAAGAUGUGCUCAUUUCACAGCCUCUUAAGGUGAGUUUUUGGUAUCACUGGUGUUACUAGCUUUUUAGAAUUCGAAGCUGUCCCUGUCCCCUUAGUAUUCUACUACCUAUUUCAGGGGUCAAAUAAAAUCAUUCUAUUAUUAUUAUUACUAUUAUUAUUAUUAUUAUUAUUAUUACUAUCAUUAUUAUUAUUAUUAAAAUUUAAAUAGCGCCGUGUAAACGGGUCCCACAGUUAAAAAAUUCGCACGCUUAAAAUCUUGUCUGGACACCAGUAAACUGGGUUUUAUAUCCUUUUAUGCUGCGUUAAAAAAUCAUCAAUUCAAUACUUUUCCAAUUAAAAAGCUUUCGGUUGAUGUUAUUCCGGAAUAAGAACACGACAACGUUUUUUUUAAAAUCUAUUCUACCGUUGGAGUAUUUAAACACUACAAGUAUCUAUUUCAAGCCGAUUUCUCGAUACCGUAAAUUCUCUAUUAAUUCCCUUCUCAAAUAAGCCCCCCUCUCUUUUAACCCCCUCACCCCAACCCACCCCUCCCCCUUAUUAUUCUUCACUUCACUGUAUUAAUCAAUCACGAAUGUAAAAUUAACUUCAUGUGGACUGAUCCAGGAUGGUUUAUUCACCAACUGGCCGUUCAGAUUUGUUAUUGAUCCUGUUUUUCCUGUUUGUAUUCUAGUUCUUUCGGGAGAACUGAUACCGUUGUCUUUUCCAAAUUAAAUAAGCCCCCUCUCAAUUAAGCGCCCCAUCAAAUGUGGCUGAAAUAAAUAAGCCUUCCGGGCUGCUUAAUAGAGGAUUUACGGUAUUGUAAUGCAGUGAAUGCUAAAACAAUAGCCUGUGAAUACAGCUGUCUCCUUACUCCUCGCCGUAGCCUUCGUAUAGCAUAGCGGUUUUGGUCGGACGCGCAAAACAAGCCAAGGUGGGCGAGGGCAGUGAAACUGCGAGGAGAUUGGGGUGGGCUUCGCCGAUCAGUUGUAGUGCGCCCAACAAAACCACCAUGCUAUGAAGGCUAUGCUCGCUGAAGGAUUCUCUCCCGCCAAAGGUCUCUAGCAGCGAGGAACGAGGAGAGAGGGCUGUAUUCGCAGGCUACCAAAACAAGAGAUUUCUAGAGUUUAUUCCAUUUAUUCCUUCGCCUCAUAUAAAUCCAAGACGGUCUUGGAUUCUGGAUUCCACUCCGUGGAUUCCGGAUUCUAGAUAAUUGAGUCCAGUCUUUGUCAGCGAAACUUGGAUUCUGGAUACCAAUCCUAAGUAGGAUUUUGGAUUCCUUGAGCUGUAUUCCGGAUUCCAAAGCCCAGGAUUCCGGAUACCACAAGUAAAAUUUUCCCGUUUUCCGGUUUCCACAAGCAAAAAUUUCACGGAUUCCGGAAUACAGUCAAUCGAAGAGACCCUUAAUUCCAUUCCAGGUGUUCGCAGCUGCCAUGUUCUUUGCCGUCGUUGUUAAAGAUCCGAACAAAGCGGAAGAAGAGAACGAACAGGAAAGCAACGAACUCAAUCCGGAUGAGGAAGCUCUACACAGUCAGAAGAAAAACAGUGAGGAAGAAAAAGCGCUGCGCAAAAUUGGUUUCGUCGAUAAACCACCUGAUCCAGCAAAACUAGAAGCAGCUCGUAAGCUUAAAGUCAAACAGAAGGAGAUGAAGAUCAUUAUCCGAGAAGUUAUCCAAUAUGUCGUGUUCCUCUGCGUACUUCUUGUCAUUGCGUAUGGUAGCCGUGACCCUAUGGCUUUUACUGUGACAAGAGCUAUGCGUGAUAUUUUCGACGAGGCGACCUAUUCAGGAAAUGACGGGAUCGACGAGGUAAGAUCGUCUAAAAGGACGCAUUCUGUAAAUCCUUAACUUUCCAAUCCAGAAACUAAAAGAGGAAUAGGUACAAGCUUUCGGCGCAACGAUUUCUAGGAUUGUUUUGGUGGACAAGCGUUACUUAUGAUUGGUUAAUGGUUGCCUUGAAAACCAUCGACCAAUCAUAAGUAACGCUUAUCCGCUAAAACAAUCCCAGAAAUCGUUGCACCAAGAACUUGUAGCCGUCUCCCCUAUAGUUUCUACAGUGGAGAAAUUAUUUUUUACCGCAGUAGAAUAACUUUGCCAGUAGAGUGCCGAACUGUACAGCGGGGUGUCGCGUCUUCGAUCUAGGCGAUUAGUGGGGAGAAAGAACAAGCGAGAGACGAGAGAGCUGGAGACAAGCGAGAAGCUCAAGAAGGGGAUGAUGGGAACGAGCGCAGAGCGCGAGCAGGGAAUGAUGGGAAGGAAUAAAAAACUGCUAAACGCUCGAAAAUGUGAAAAGUCGUCCAGAUAUCUAGAAUGGCGGAGUAUUUAGGCGAUGAAGCCCCCUUGCCAUCACUGGAAGACUAAGCUUUUUCCUCCCCUCCCGUCACACCUUUCGCGCCCGGUUUCCUUAAUAAUUAACUCAAAUAUCCCCUAAAAAGAGAUCGCAAGCAACUGAGGACGAGGCAGGUCCCAGUUUGUGAAACCGCCGAAAUUCUUUCUUUUUAUAGGUGGAUGAUUACCGCUCUUACUGGAGCUGGGUCGAAGAGACGUUUAUCCCCACUCUAAUGCCUAGAUUCUGGUACGGACCUUUUGCCAUUGACGAAGACGAUCUUGAAAUCCUUAAUAAAGAAUCCAGUAAAGAAGAAGUCGAUAAACAGAAAAGUAAAAAGGUCAAGAAGACUAAGAUCGUCGUCAGUAAUAUCGAGACAGGUUUUAAUGUACUCUAUGGAUACAAUGAAGGCUUUGUAGCGGAUCACAGCACUGCUAUACUAGUGGGUACCGCCAGGCUGCGCCAACUAAGGAUACAGAAAGGUGUGUGUUGCUUUUUUUUUGCAGUCUAUUUCAAGAUAUUGGUCAGAAAUAGAGCCUAUGAGGCCCCGUCGACACCGAUGUAGAGUAACUAGUAAAUGGCUUUUCCGCCCCCCAAAACCGAUGAAACAUUUUCCAACAGCAGUCGCGGAUCCAGGAGAGGUCCGGACUCCCCCCCUCCCCUCCCCCAUCAAACCUGACGCUUGUUUGAAAAUGAAAUUCUUACAUCGACAGAAUUGUAUAUCAAUUUUUAACUGGCUGAUUUUUUUUAUUGAAACGCGCGUUGCAAUUUGCCACUAAAUUAAGUUCCAGGGACAUUCAAAAAUGUAAUUGUUUUUGGUACCCUCCUAUUCUCAGUAUUUCCCGAGCCAACGGCGACCGGCGUUCACAGAUUGAGAAACACGGGGUCGUCUGUGCUUUCCCAGCUGGUCGACAAUUAUGUAUCCUUUACGAGUAAAAUAAGGGACCAAGGAAUUAUAACGUGCAACCUCGACUGGUGGGAGGGGGUGUGGGAGAGAGGUAAUUUGCCACAAAAAAGUUGAACGCACACAAAAGCGGAUCCACACCAGUCUCCACCGUUUUACGGGAAUCGAUCAGAUUUUUCAUAGUCGACAUAUUUUUAACAAAUCUAAAACUUUCCAAGUUGAGGGGCUUCAUCCAAGGUGAAUGGAACUGGCCAAUAUCCUGUCUGAAUGAUUCGGAAACCCAGGAAAGGAGACUUUAGGGAGUUAAAAUCUAAAAAUGAUUUGCCCGGGAAGCAUACCCCCGGAUCCCCCAAGAAGCUUGCGCCUUCGAUUCGGCACUCUUUUAGGAAAUCGGUCAGUAUCUAUCCUAGAUCCUGUCUGAACCAAAGUUUGCCCCCCUCCCCCCCCUUCCCCCCGAAAUCAAAAAUUUCUGGAUCCACCCCUGGGGGUCCUGGGGAACAGUCUAUACAUUCAAUUCACCCUCUUUACAACGGCUUCCCUUCAACAACGGAAACCGCUACCGAGUUGCGUCCUACUUGCUAAAAUAACCUCUCCCCAAAGGCCAUUUAAGAGCCGACGAUGAUCAAACUGAUGCACUCAACUGUAUCUAAUACUACCAUUGUUUUGUUGACAGUUUUUCCUAACUAUUCUUUUUCUCUAUUGUAGACAUAUUUUCACUCUUUAUUUAAUACCAUAUUAAAAUAUGCUAUUAGAAGCACCUUUUCAACUAAAAAUGUCUUUUCUUUCUCCCAACAUUGCUGUCAUAUCACAGCCCUACCCACAUGCACAGACUGCCCACCAAAUCACAGACAACCCAACGACUCGGUUAGGGAGGGUCUCCUUGCACGACGCAACAAACCAUGGAAACAAAUGAUCGUGCCCCUUUAACUAACCAACUUGCUAACGAAUGUUAAGUUAUUGCUUUCUUCUCCCUGCAGACAAAUGCAAACUGAUACCUUUCCUCAGCAACAUUUUCGAUGAGUGCAACGUAGCUUAUGACUGGGAUAACGAAGAUUCAGAAUCGUACAAGCGGCGCUGGGAACCAGUUGUUUCAAAUAAAAGCACGGAAGGCGAAGAAGUGGAACCAUCCCCAUGGACUUAUCAAUCACAAUGGGCCCUAAAGGGGACUCCGUACUGGGGCACGUUUGCGACUUACUGGGGAGGGGGUAAGUAUUCUUUAAAAAUAUCUACGAGCAGUCCCUCAUUUUUCUCAGGAGUGGUAGAGUGGGCGAAAAGCCCUUGUUCCACUGUCCUGUCUUUCGUCUCUUCACGUUUACACCUAUUGGCGCGCUUUUUCCUCUCGUAAGAUGAACAACGUUAAGUUAUGGCUAUUAUCUUAAAACAGAAUUGUCUUGUCUGGGAACAUGCUACGGGAGUUUACAAUCGAUACUUUAUCGAACCUCUACUAGUGGAGCCCUUUAGGCUCUUAAUCGCUGUAUAGACAAGGAAAACCCGGCGAAUCAUGCGUUGAAAUCUUAGCUCAAUGGCGGUCUCUUUUACGUUAUAAAAGAAAUAGAAUGGUGCCGCGUUCUGAUUGGUUAUAAACCUAUGAUUGGUUAAAAACCUAUGAUUGGUUAAAAACCUAUGAUUUAUUGUAAACUCAUAGAAAACUCUUUUUUACUUAAAGUUAUUUGAGCCUUCGGCACCUGAUUUACGAGCUUUUCGAGUGUUCUCCCAACAUCCCAAGUGGGUUAUCAUGUCGGUAAAACCAUAGAAAGUGUGGUCUAUUGCUUAAAUACACUGCUUAAGCCCCAGCUUCAGCAUUUUUUUGCACAUAUUUGCUUAUUAGAAAUUAAGGGGGGCCGAAACUCGCAAAGUCUCUUUUCGCUUUUCACGUUUCAACAGGGCGUCUAGUAAUGUUUAGAAGCUUGUUUGACAAAACUCUCCCUUUAACUUCAACGUGUCUUUCGUGUCUUAAGAAUCAAUAACACCACCGUAAUAUAUAUUCUUUUGUAUUCUCUCUUUAGGAUACGUAGCAGACUUCGGAGAUGACCGCAGCAAAGCCGAAGAUUUAACUACACACCUUGAAUCCAAUGGCUGGAUUGAUCGUUACACGAGAGCCAUCUUCGCUGAGUUUACGAUCUACAAUGCUCAGACCAACUUUUUCAGCGUUAUCACACUGUUAUCUGAGAUUUUACCCACUGGGGGCUACUAUCACCAUCCGAAAAUUCAAACUUUAAGGCUUUACCGUUAUGUAGGACCGGAAAUGGCGUUCGUAAUGGCCUGUGAAAUAACUUACAUGGCCUUUUUGCUUUAUUUCCUGUACAAGCAGGUAGGAUAACCGAAAAUACGAAUAGAUCGUUUUCACAUGACGUCACGGCGGCCAUGUUGGUGUACAACUGUUAAUUCUUUUCUAUGCAAAAAAUGUCUUUUGUUCCAAGAAAUUUGCAUAACCGCUGACCGCGUAAGUGAAAACGAUCUAUAAGAUUGUAAAUGAUUAUCUGAGCUCCAUAGGGCGAUGUUUAUUGUGUUUGUUUUAUCGUAACUGUUAGUGAGCCACACUCAAUGUCACCAGCGAACUCCGACCGCCGUUACCCGGACGAGUGUGCGUCUGGACGUUGUUCUUCUGUGUUCUGUUGUUACUGCUCUGACUAGCCUGAGUAUCAGACCUUCCUAAGGGGCUAGGGGAGAGGGGUUUUAAGAUGGGCUCCCUUUUUCGCUUCUUUCCUUCCCCUUUUCCCCCAGAAACGCCUAAUACUCAGGCUAUGCUCUGACCUCCUCUCCUGUAUAGAGAGUCCCCAGUAGGUUUUUCGGGAUCCGGGAUUUCCCUUACUUAAAGCCCGUGUUUCGGGAUUUUAAAGCAAAAUCGGGGAGAGAUGAGGGAUUGAGAGAAUGUGCGGGAUGCGGGAUGCCAAAAAUAACACUCGGGACAACGGGAUUGCACGAAAUUUUGAGUCGGGAUUGCGGGAUUGAAGAACCCUUUUGGGAUCCUCUAUAUAGGGAACCUCGGAUAGUAAGGCAGAGUAUAAAUCGAACCGAGCCCUUUCAAACGCAUCCUUCAUGCUGAUCACUUGCAUUGCUUGGCAGCCCUUGGUAUUUUCCAAUUUGGUCGGUAAAUUUUAAACAUGUCAUCUUUCACAACAAUUCCGUAAUAACGACACGCUUUCUGCUUAGUCGUCGUUUUAGCGAGUAAAAGCGUCACCCCCUACCUCCCCAUAUCAUAAAGGUCAUUAGUAUUAAACAUAUAAUAACAUUCUAUCAACUUUUACUACCAAAUUUUGUAUCUACUUUUCGUUGCAAUUUUGAAAUAACAGUAAAAGAAAUAUAAAAGAGAAAAAAGGUAUUUCACAGUUAUGAUGGGGAAAGAAUCGCCCUUUGUGAGGUAAUCCAAGACAGUCCUGGAUUCUGGACUCCACGCCCUGGAUUCCGGAUCCCAGGCACUAGAUUCCGGAUUCUUUGUCAGUGGAACGUGGAUUCGGGAUUCCAAUCGUUAGUAGAAUUCCGGAUUCCUUGAGCUGUAUUCCGGAUUCCAAAGCCCAGGAUUUCGGAUUUCCCAAGCAAAAAUUCCUCGGAUCCGGAAUCCGGAUUUCCUUACAUGGGGCGAUUUAUGUUGGAAAACUACCCGUCUACCCCUCCCCAAAGCCAAUAUUUUGCCCUGUGUUAACGUUGGCUUAGGGGAAGGGUAGGUGGGCAGUUUCCCGGAAACGCAUAAUGAUCAACAUUUCCCUGUUUUUAGGUCAAGAAGUACAGAAAAGAACGAAGAGAUUAUUUCCGAGAUCCUUGGAACUAUCCCGAGCUGCUGGUUCUUUGCUUUUCUUUAUCCGCCGUCGGGUUGUUUUUUGCACGUCUAGCCAUCACAAAGUACACCAUUGGUAACAUGCUCGAAACGCCCGGAAAGUUCGUCAGUUUUCAAUACGUGGCUUUCUUGGAUGAGUGGGUGUCCGCUACAACAGCUUUCGCGGUGUUUUUCUCGGUCCUGAAGUUUCUGCGCCUGCUGAAGUUCAACCGUCGCGUCUCCCUGUUGAUCCAAACCAUCAAAAUAGCCUCCAAGCCGCUGAUGUCUUUCAUGAUGUUGUUCUUCGUUUUAUUUCUUGCAUUUUGUCAGUUCGCGUACGCGGUUUUCGGAGUGGACAAUGAAGAAUACGCCACUUUUCCAACAACGCUUGGUAGCAUGAUGUCUAUGACCCUUGGAAGUUUCGACUUUCACGCGUUGACGGACUCGAGCCGAAUAUUGGGUCCUAUGUUCUUUUUCGGUUACGUUGUGUCCGUGUUUUUUGUACUCAUGAAUGUGUUUAUUGGAAUCUUAAACGAUGCGCUGAACACCGUUGCAAACGAUGUGUCGAUACAGUCCAACGAGCACGAACUUCUGGACUUUAUGUUGCAUUCCGUUAAGAAGGCGGUUGGCAAGCAAGUCGGUCCGGCAAUCAAACCUGCAUACAAAGAACCCAAGAAUCAGUUUGAGCUCAACUUGGACAGCAUCGAAGAGAUGUCGGAAAACGUUCAAUACGCGCUCAGGAACAUUUGCAUGGAAGACAUCAGACAAGCGACGUGGUUUGAACCAGAAAAUGCCUCCAAGAAAAAGAAAAUAAUGAUGAUGAUGGUUCUAGAAACGGACGAAGACUUUACAGAAAAUGAUAUUUGCGACAACAUUCCGUUGUUUGAUGAAGUGAUGAAAAAGCACAACGAAAGAGAGCUAUUAGAUAAGCUCAUUUGUUACCGAGAACAGAAACGGCUCGAGGAAGAGGCAUCGCAAGCGGACGACCAAUCAGAUAACUCUUCCGAUAACGAAGAUGAAUCGGAAAACGACUCUGCCUCGGAAGAUGACAAUCAGAGCGUAGCCAGCGACGACAGCAGCAAGAAACCAGGACACAUAACGUUAACAGUAGAAGCUCCUGACGACGAGGAGAUCAUAAAUGAAAUCGAAGAGCGUUAUUCACCAAGACCAGUGUCCGGUAUGAAACUGUUAGAUGUGAGCGGCUCGUCAAAUGCUUAA